AUGACGUACACCCAGCAGGGUGGCCGGCGGCUUGAGGAGGGUGAGAAGGAUAGAGAGCUGGGGGGAAAUAGGGGCUCUCUGAUGCUCUGUGUGGCUGUCCGUCCUCUGGUUCUACCCCCCAGGGAAGCAACAGCAUCUGGCCCAGCCAGAACCAAACAGGGGGUCCUGCCUGGCCCGGCCAACAGCCCACCCAGCCCCCAUCUUGCUGGCCUGGGCAACCCAACACCCCCUGCUGGCCUGGGCCACAACCAUCCCAACCAGCCCCAGCUUCAGCCCAAAACUGGCCUGGUCCCCAACCACAACCACCCCAACCAGCCCCAUCCCAUCCCUGCCAGCCAUGCUGGCCUGGACCCCAGCCUCCCCAAUUCCAGCCCCAGCCUCCCCAACCCCAGCCGCAGCCCCAACCUCAGCCUGCACCCCAGCCUUUUCAACCUACAGCUUCAGCCCCGGCUUCUUCCCAAGUCCCCAGCCAGCCUAGUGCCCCAAGGUGGCCGGUUACCCAAGGCCUUAUCCCAGGCGUUAACCCAGGGUCUGGAUGGCCUUUCAGCCCUGGUCAGUCUGGUUGGCCUGAGCGUUCCCUACAACCAGAACCUACAAAGAGGCAUCUACGACAAGAUGAUGAUCACCAUCAUGGGCCGGGUCAAACCAAAUGCUAAGCAGUUCACAGUGAACUUCGUGCGAGGUAAUGACAUCGCCUUCCACCUCAACCCUCGGUUCAACGACGGGGGCAAGCAGGCAGUGGUGAGGAACACCAUGGUGGGAGAGCACUGGGGGAAAGAGGAGAGGCACACACAGGGAGGCUUCCCCUUCAUGGCAGGACAGUCCUUCGAGAUGAAGAUUCUGGUUACGUUUGAGGAGUUCAAGGUGGCUGUGAACGGAGCUCAGCUUUUUGAGUUUAAACACCGCGUCAGAGAACUCAACCAGAUCGAUCGCAUCAACAUCCUCCAUGAUGUCACCCUCACCUACGUCACCGUAGACACAAUACCAUGA